CUGGUUAUUUAUAGCCGGGCCCAUGACGUCUCGCUACAGUGCAUCCUUCCCGGCCGCAGCGCUGCGGGCGGUAACGAAAUAACCUGUCACCCGUGGCUGAAAUUGAACCGUCACCCCUGUGUGAACUGGCUCUGUGGCGGGUGUGCUGACCACUCGGCCACGCGGCCCCCGACUGCAACGAGGCAACCCUGACACAGAUGAAGAAGUCGGGCCGCUCCUCGCACACGAAGCUGUGCUCCUGCUGGCCCACGUCCUCAUCCCGCACGCCUCCUCCCGACCACCAGCAGCUUCGCGAGCAAAGCUCCCCGCACCGCAGCCCAGCGCCGUCCGCCAUGCAGGCGCCUGACCCGGAUUCCCAGCACGCCGACGAUGGCCGCCGGGAGCUCGAGCGACUCUUGCCGCGGCUCGUCGACGGCGUGCGGCGUCUGAAGGAGCUGGCGACGCCCGACUCCCCGGUGGGAGAGAGCGACGGGCGGCCGAGGCAGGACGUGGCAGAGGAGGAGGUGGCCACCUUGGCUGGGCUGGAGGCCACGUUGCAGGAGGCGUGGGCCACGCCCGUGGUGGGCCGCGAAGUGGCCACGGAGCUGUGCUCCACACUGCGGCUUCAGGGGGGACUCGAGCUGCUGCUAUCGCUGCUCGCUUCGUGCAGGCCUCACGUGAGGCCCGGGGCGGCCGAGCUUCUGCAGCAGGUCCUUACGACCGACAACAGGUGCUUGCUCGCACGGAAGUGGAUCGCGCGCUUUGGGCUCGGCGCCGUGCUGGGCCUGGCCAAGGAGCGCGAGGACGCGCGCACGGUGCGCGCCACCGCCGCCAUCCUGCAGCACAUGUUCAAGAACUCAGAGGAGACGUGCUCGCUGCUGGUGUGCGAAGGCGGCUUGGACGCCGUGCUCUUCUGGUGCCGCCUGUUGGACGUGGACGUCCUGCGCGACUGCGCCGCCGCCAUCGCCAACUGCGCCAUGUACGGCGGGCCCGACAACCACCGGCGCAUGGUGGACAAGAAGGCGGCCGAGUGGCUCUUCCCGCUGGCGUUCAGCGCCGACAAGCGCGUGCGUCUGUCGGCUAGCCUCGCCAUCGCCGUGCUCGUCAACAACAAGGAGGUUCAGCAAAAGGUGCUGAGUUCGGGCACGUUGGAGCUCGUGGAGCCGUUCAUCGCCUCGCUGGACCCGGAGAAGCACGCGCAGGAGCUGCUGACCUCGCGCGACGACAUGCAGGGCCGCACCGUUCAGUACCUGCAGCAGCUGCUGCCGCUGCUGGACAGCUCGCGUGUGGAGCCGCAGUGCGUCGCCGCGUUCUACUUCUGCGUCGAGGCCAUGAUCAAGACGCAGCAGCAGCACGGCGAGCUCUUCCAGGAGAUCGGUGUGGUGCAGAGCCUCAAGCGGCUGGUGAGCUACUCUUCCAGUGGCACGGCGUGCCGUCUCGCUCACCGCACACUAACCAUCCUGGGAGAGGAGCCACCCGUCCGCCUCCCCACCACCGUGCCAUCGUGGAGACCGACACACGUGCAGGCCUGGCUGCGGCAGGUCGGGUUCUGCAAGUACGCUCCGCUGUUCCAGGAGCUCCAAGUGGACGGGGAUUUGCUGUUGCUGCUGAGCGAACAGGAUCUGAGCGGUGACUUUGCGAUGAAGGAGAGCGUCACGAGGAGGAGGUUCCUGCGGGAGCUGGCGGAGCUUAAGACGUACGCGGACUACAGCGCGUGCGAUGGCAGCAAGCUGUGCGAGUGGCUGAACCGCGUGGGGCCCGGUUUCCGCCGCUACACCUACGGGCUGCUACGCGCCGGCGUCACGCGGCCCUUCCUGGCGCAGCUCACGGACGCGCAACUCACCGACGACUGCUGCGUCGACAACGGCGUGCACCGCGCCACCAUCCUCGCCGCCGCCGCCAGGGCUGCUGCGGACGUGGGCUCCCCGGUGAGCAGCGGGGGCGAGAGCCCCGCGAGCGGCGACAAGCCCGACGUCUUCAUCAGCUACCGACGCGCCACUGGCUCGCAGAUGGCCAGCCUGCUCAAGGUGCACCUGCAGCUGCACGGCUUCAGCGCCUUCCUGGACGUGGAGAAGCUCACAUCCGGCAAGUUCGAGGAGAAGCUGCUGGCAAGCGUGCGCGCCGCUCAGAGCUUCCUGCUCGUGCUCACGCCCAACGCCCUUGAUAAGUGCAUGCAGGACGUGGACCACAAGGACUGGGUGCACAAGGAAAUAGUGACGGCACUGCAGUCCAAGAAGAACAUCGUUCCCGUGUACGACAAGUUUGAGUGGCCGGACCCCAGCAGCCUUCCCGAGGACAUGCGUGGAAUUCUCAAGUUCAACGGCAUCAAAUGGUCCCACGAGUACCAGGACGCGACCAUUGAGAAAAUCGUUCGUUUCCUCAAGCGGCUGAGUGAGGGGCCUCUGCACGGCAUGGAAGCGAACGGCGGCGGCGGCAUCGCCGACAGUGGCUCCUGCUGCUGCCGCGAGGGUCAGGCUGCUGCUGCCAAUCACCAUCACGUGGAGCCCACGAGCCCCACGCAGUGACGGUGCCUCAUGCCAGCUCUCGCGCACCAGUCGACACUCGUCAGGUCUGUGUGCCCGGAGGAGCGACUGGGUUGGAUUGGGCCUUGGGUUAACGAACGACUGCGGAAGCACUUGGCAGCGUGGAUGCUUUGGCAGUCAUUAGUUUGAAUACGUAAUAUUUAGUUCUGCCCUUGGCAGCAUUCACGGACAUAACUGGCAGGUGUUUCUUUGCUGGGUGCUCGCAGGUCAUGCAAAAGCACUCUUUUUCUCGCCAGCCCUACAAUCCUCUGCCAGCACCUAUAAAAGAGGGCUGACCCCCCCUAACAGGCUGUGUCAGAUGAGGCAGCGGUGGAGAGGGGGGGGAGGGGCAGCCUCCAUUGCGCUUGGUUUCGUGAAAUAUGGAAGAAGUCUGAGAAGCUUGCGCCAUCCUGCCACUCCCCUCGUCGUGUCCCUGCAUGGGGACGGCACGGCAGGCAGGGCGGGAUUGCAUUCGGUCGUCGAAGGCAGGAGAAUUGCGCCAUGCACACGUGCGGUACCGAUCUGAAAGUGCUGCCCCACCUGGUCAGCUUCUGAUUGUCCGUGAUGAAGAUCGAAGGACGAGGUGAUGAAAGAAAAAUAGAUAAAGGGAAGACUGCCCAGCUCUCUCUGCGGGAGUGUGGUCAAGCCUCGCCAUCUUUACUAGGUGCUGGAGAAGAAGUAGACAAGGCCAAAGAACAGUUGCUGUUCACGACCUGAGAACACCGAGGAUAUAUCUAGCAGUCAUGGCUGUGAGUGCUGUCAGGCCAUACCAUCAUAAUAUAGGGUUGUUAAAACACAGCCUCCCUCUAAUCUGAAAUCGCCUACACCAAACUCCUACUAAUCCACAUUUUCACCAAAUGCCUCAAAGCAGGGCACCUUCUGAAGGAGUCUGGAGAUCCUGGGCUUUCAUGGUGGAAGUUGUUGAGCUAGUAUACAGUUGCAUAAAAAGAGCUGAAAAUCAACCCCUUCAAAUACCUGCAAUAAUAAUAAUAAUGAAAGUGCAUGGGAAAUCACACAUGCAUGGUAUUUUUGCUACAAGUAGUGUUCACCAGUUUCCCAUGGUUGCCUACGAGUUACAGAUGUUUGGGAAUGAAUCGUUGCAACAAAAAAAAGUUCCGAUCUGCAGUUGCUGAUUUAACUCCAGUCGAGCGACGUGUUUAUUUACAGAGCAGUUCAUUUCUGUUAAGAGUCACUCGACGGUGCCACGUGGCCCAGAGUGCCCACGCGAGGCUCCGCUCUCUUCUCUGCCGAUGACGAGACCCUACCACCGUCAGUGGCACCUACCCCCACGCGGUGAAGCAUUCCCCCUCUGCCUUCCCAGCAGGGGUCCCCCCCCCUCCCCAAAGCCUGAGGAAUUGUCCCUACUCUGCAGGUUGAGCCUGGCAAGGGUCCAUUGAGACAUACAGUAAAACCUUGGAUUGCGAGCGUAAUUCGUUCCGGAAACGUGUUUGUAAUCCAAAGCACUCGUACAUAAGUUGUGAUCACGUGACGCACGGCAGACAAAGCGUAUACACGUACUACUCGUAUUGCAAGACCUCGCUCGUUUAUCAAAUGAAUAUUUAUUUGAAAAAUGUGCUCGUCUUGCAAAACACUCGCAGACCAAGUUACUUGCAAUCCAAGGUUUUACUGUAUGUCUAUUAUGCCAGAAGGACCUAAACAUAAACGGUACAGGUUCGGACACCAGUGUGUUACAAUUGACAUAUUGACAAAAACAUACUAUGUUAGUCUUCACAACAUUUGUGGCGUUUUCUUUUUUGCAAAAGCCAAUCUUUGUUUUGCUUAGUGGUCCAAGAGGAAAUUUCAGAAUCAGAAUAUUUAUUUGUACUGGAAAAAUCCGAUGCGCUAUGAAGCUUUUUUUCAAAGAUGCCCAGUAAAAUUGUCAAGUCUCCGGUAUGACAGCUAUUAGCUCAGGAGCCCAUGUUCAAUGAUUUUUCCACUUCCAAAUUACUAAGUGUUGAUGUAGGUUAUGCAUGAUCGUCGUGUUGAAAACAACGUGUGCAGCAAACUUGAAUAUGCAGUCGGUUGCCUGAUGAAAGGACUUGACAAAGCUAAAAACAUAAAUCAAAGUACAUUGCAAUCAAUAACUAACAAUAAGGUAACUCACCCAACACUGGAUUUAAAACAUACAAUACACACCAUAAAUACCAUAUAUACACAGGGAGCAAAUACGAAAUGUACAAAAUGGGCCUAACGUGUAUGUAUAUUGAACUUUCACACCGUACGUAGCCAACCAUGCUAAUUGGAGGUGCGGCGGAAGGACAACAAACUAAACACAAAAAACUGUUCUGUGUUGGUAAAAGGAAAGCCUUUGUGAAUGUUUGAUGUGAACUAUAUCGAAUUGCCACAAUUUACAAUUUAGCAGGAUUUAUGCUAAAAUUGGCAGGAAUUAAUUUUCCACCAACACAAGAAUCAGGCCGAGUGUCAGUUAAAAAAUCCGUGAUGUGGGGAUUUUUUGCUGAUUCUGGAAUCCUGUGACACGCCGUGGAAAUUACUCUAAUUAUCUGUCAGAAUAAAUCACAGAUUUGAGGAGUUUUUUGCCGCACUACUCCGAUAAUCCGCUUGAAAAAGUUCCUACAAACCAUAAGCGUGCUACAAACUAUGGGAUUCGCGGAUUAUUGGAGGAUUUUUUGUAGUUUGUAUCUGUAUGUGGCGCGUUGGGAGCCACCCCGUUUAGCUUUGAGCAUGCGCGCGUCACUGCCAUGGACAGGAAAUACAGGGUCCAAGUAUAUGCAAUCGGUAGCGAACAAAAGUUAUUUUCCGAGCCCUGGAUUUCAAAUACACAUUUGUAUCACCUGCGCCAUGAGCAGUGAUGUAGCCUGCAUCUCGAUCACAGUUUACGACCGCGGUGGCCGUGUCGAAAGUGAUAAAGAUGCAUGGUUUGCAAUAUUUUUCUGUUCUUCCUGCUGGACAUGCUGCGUUUCACAUAGGGUGCCAUAUCCCGAAGUGCAAUGUCAGCUGUAAUUGACGUGAAUCAAAGGGAUGUUUUAAGAGUACAUUACCAUGAAGCUGAAAGUGGUAAUAUAGAUUUUUUUUAAACUCACCAAUGAAGGUGGUGAGUUCAUUUAAUUUUACUUUUAUGGCUAUUCUUUGUUGGUGCCUAGUCCAUUCCAGCCUAUGACACAUGUAUGUUCCUUGCUGUUUGUGCUUGACGUCUGGAUAUGAACAGUUUGUUAUACUUGAAUGUGAAGAACAUGAAGAUGAUUUUUAAGACACCCGCAGUCCACUCUUUCAUUGAUCUCAAGUGAAAGUCUUGGUCCCAGCCAUCGUAUCAGCACAGAUUUGCAUAAUAGAGCCUGCCAGUAUUAUGAAAGUAAUCACAUUUAAGUAAUAAUAAAGUCGUAAUAAUCUAAUAUAGAGUAAUAAUUAUCAAAAGUAUGAGUCACCUUGCAGAAAUGUACUCCUUUGAAUUCCCAGAGUAAAAAGACACAAAAGGUGAUUUGAAGACAAAAAAAGGGAAAUUGUCACCAUUGGUCCGAUCAUAUCUUGCAUGUAACGUGACAUACUUUUUAUCUGGCAACAAAAUAGGUGUUAAGAUGUUAAAACACCAAACUGAAACCUGUUACAAGGAAUCAUGUCUGCAUUAACCACAACACUUGUGGUCAGAAUGCAAACAAAAAACGUACUCUGAUAAUAUAUGCAUUGUCUUUGAAACUGAUUGGUCCACACCAGCUUUAUUUUGAGCCUAGUCUCAAAUGGUGUUAGACCAGAAGACGCCACAAAGACACAAUGCACUAUCAGAGUAAUGAGAGCUUGGGGCGCGCAGCUACAUCAUGGGACCUCCUUUGCCAGUACCAAAAUAUGAGAAUAGGUUUUCCCAUUUUUUUGGCAACAAAACAGUUGUGUUAAGAUGUUAAAACACCAAAAUCGUGGUCGUGUUAGGCAGGAGCAGGACAAUAGGAAAACCUAUAUACGGGCGUCAUCCUUGUCAGGAAUCAUCAGUACAAUAUAGCCAUGAUUUACAACUGCUGCCUUUUGCCACAGGUGCUUUAUGCGGACAAACCCUCUCCUGGUCAGUCUGCAGAAAAACCAUCACACACUCGUUUUUAUUUGCCUAAUGACAGAAUGUUGAUGCCGAUGUCAUUGCAGCCCGGAUCGUGUUGAGCUUGCCCUCGAUGCCUGACGGUUGCAAAACCCUCGUGGCAUGGAUGAGCAGAGCAAGGUGGACGUCAAUGUUCUGCCCGUCACCUUGUUUUGCCUUGCCUCGAGGCAGGGACGGUGCCUUGCACAGUGGUCAUCACGAGCUGGGAGAUUCCGACCCCGCUGGGCUGCGAGGUGGCGAUAUGGCAGUACAGAAAGUUGAGUUGCGAAACCAAUCUGUUAAUACAUUUUGAUCCUUAUUCUCUGGUAGUGGGUUAUCUCUGGGCAAUAGUUUCCUCCCACUUGGAAAGCACUUGGAAAGGAAUUGGUUGAACAUCGCCAAACGCAGCAGCCACCCGAAAAGGAUUCUUGAUAUUUUGGCUAUCCUGGAUAAAUAACGAGGAUUAUUAAGAUGUUAAAGCUUGCAUUUUCUUGUGACAUCCAGUGAUGGCAGGACUCUGGGUGUUUGUGGUAGACGUCAGAAUUUAUGGCACUCAAUAACGCCCUUGCCACAAUUGGACCUCUUCUGUCUUCCAAUGUAAGUCCACGCCAAUACCCUAUCUGCUGCAGCCAUACCAGUCAUGUUCAUAUAAAAAAAAUCCGUUAUCCAUAUAAAGCAUUGACCCACCUUUAUUCUUUAAACAUUUGCUCAUCAGAGUGAGGUCGGUCCACUGAAGAGGUUCCAGUGGGGCUGGCACAGAACUAUGGAACUUGACACUUGCAUAACCUAGUACCUUCCACCCCACCGCUGAGCCGUGAUCCGUACACGGUAUAAGGGACAAUUGCCAAUUCCAGCCAUUACAAAGAACAUGUUGUUUUUUUUAGAUUUGAGGUUUUCGUGACUGCAAGGAUCCAUACUCUUUGGUUAUUUCGGUAAAGUCACGUAGGUGAAAUAUAAUAAUAAAAAUAAUAAAAUGAAUUUAGUUAUUUUCAUUUUAUUAUUUCAUCUACGUGACUUUACCGAAAGAGCCAAAGAGUAAACAUCUUGUUUGUGGCAUUUAAAUUCAACCUAGACAUUUUAACUGCUUCGAAGUUUAGGUCACGAUCUCUUUUUACCAUUUCCACAAAAUGCGUAAUUUUGCGUGCUCUUUUCCAAACUCACGUUUUCAUAUUUGCACUCAUUUAAAAGUGAAGACGAUAUUCAUUUGUUUCAAAACACACAUCACGUUUCGCAUCGAGUAAUAAAUGCAUAUUUUUGCUG